GAGAGAGAGAGAGAGGAGGGGAGAGAGGGGACCGGCAGAGAGCAGUCCGUCUCCGUUGGAUGCGCUGUUGGUUGUUCUGGUUUUAAAGCUCCAUCCUCGGCUCUCAGCGACCCCUCCCCAGUCCGUCCAAACCUAAAGGACUAUGACUGGUAGAGCCAUCUCCCAAUUUAAGGGGAUCCAGUUUGGAAGAUAAAACAUCUGUGACCUGUGCAUCCUACACCCCCUCCAGAUAAAAUGACGACUAUCUCAGUGGGCGUUGUGUGGCUGUGUCUCGGCCUGUCCCUGGAUGCUUUGUCUUUGAACGGACAGAGAAGAGAGACUGUAGAUGGAGAGCAAACUGACGCAGCGAUCAGAGGAGAAAAGCUGCUCAAAAGAGUGAGACGCGGCUGGAUGUGGAACCAGUUUUUCCUGCAGGAGGAGUACACAGGCAGCGACUACCAGUACAUUGGCAAGCUCCAGUCGGACCAGGACAAAGGCAGCGGCUUAGUCAAGUACGUUCUGUCCGGCGAGGGGGCCGGCACCCUCUUCGUCCUCGAUGAGAACAACGGUGACCUGCACGCCACUCGCCGCCUGGACCGCGAGGAGAAGGCUUUUUAUAUCCUCAAGGCCACAGUGGUCAACAAACGCACGGGUCAGAAGCUGGAGCCAGAGACGGAGUUCACCGUUAAACUCCACGACAUCAACGAUAACGAGCCUCAGUUCAGCAGGGAGGUUUACACCGGCAGCGUACCUGAGAAGUCUAAUAUCGGUACAUCAGUCAUCCAGGUGACAGCGACGGAUGCUGAUGACAGUAUGUAUGGGAACAGUGCCAAACUGGUGUACAGCAUCAGCCAGGGACACCCGUACUUCUCUGUGGACCCAAACACAGGUGUGAUCCGGACCGCCUUGGGUCCUGGCGACAUGGACCGCGAGCAGCGGGAGCACUAUCAGGUGGUGAUUGAAGCUAAAGACAUGGCCGGACAGAGAGGAGGUCUCACUGGAAGCACCACGAUCAACAUCACGCUCACGGACGUCAACGACAACCCUCCCCACUUCACUCAAAGUAUUUACCAGUUCAGAGUUCCUGAGUCGUCCGUGUCCGGCACUCCAGUUGGGAGAAUCUCAGCCACUGACAGGGACAUUGGGAGGAACGCCGAGAUGUAUUUCUCCAUCGUCAGUGGAGACGGCAUGGACAUGUUCGACAUCUCCACUGACAAAGACACCCAGGAGGGAGUCAUCACUGUCAGCAAGCCUUUGGAUUUUGAGAAGGAGCCAUCCUACACAGUAGAGAUCCAGGUCCAGAACACCCAGGUGGACACUCGCUUUAUGUCCGCAGGCUCUAAAGACAUGGCAACGGUUCGAAUCGGCGUGGACGAUGUGGAUGAGCCGCCGCUGUUCGACAAAGCCAGCUAUCUGAUGGAGGUGAAGGAAGACGCUGCAGUGGGCGUCGCUGUGGGCUCAGUCAGCGCCAUGGACCCCGACGCAGCUCGCAGAAUGGUCAAGUACUCUAUCGACCGCCGCACUGACAUGGACCGCCUGUUCAACGUCCAUCCAGGGAAUGGAUCCGUGUUCCUUCUCAGAAGCCUGGACCGAGAGGACAUCGCCUGGCAUAAUAUUUCAGUCAUAGCCACCGAGUUCAAUAACCCCCGUCAGAGCAGCCAUGUCCCUGUCUACAUCCGCCUGCUGGACAUCAACGACAACGCUCCCACCUUCGCCACAACGUAUGAAACCUAUGUCUGUGAGAGGACAAAGGCUGGCCAGCGGAUCCAGACGGUGAGUGCUGUCGAUGCCGAUGAGCCGUCAACGGGACACAAGUUUUUCUUCAGCCUGGCUCCUGAGGGGACACACCGCAGCAACUUCACUGUCCGGGACAACGGAGAUAACACUGCUGGCAUCCUCACACGUCGAGCCAGCUACAGCCGCCUUCACCAGAGCAUCUACCUGGUUCCCGUGGUGAUCACCGACGGCGACUACCCCAUGCAGAGCAGCACCGGCACUCUGACCGUGAGGGUGUGCACUUGUGACCGUGAAGGCAACAUGGAGCUGUGUAACGCCGAGGCUCUGAGCAGCUCUCCUGGUCUCAGCACCGGAGCACUCAUCGCCAUCCUCCUGUGUGCCAUCAUACUGCUGAUGAUCGUGGUUCUGUUCACCGCUUUGAAACGCCAAAGAAAGCAGGAGCCCCUCAUCAUCUCCAAGGAGGACGUCCGGGACAACGUGGUGAGCUACAACGACGAGGGCGGCGGAGAGGAGGACACCCAGGCUUUCGACAUCGGAGCACUGCGACACCCGGAUGCCGCCGCUGCCGUGUUGGAGGAGUCCGCCAAACAGAGGCGCGACAUCAUCCCCAGUGACACCCUGCUGUACCCGCCGUGCCGCCGACUCCACCCCGCAGCCUCCGGCCUCAUCAUGCCGCCGGUCAGCAUGCCGUCGCGGGACAACGGGGACGUACGCGAGUUCAUUAACCAGAGAGUGCUGGAGAAUGACUGCAACCCGACGGCGCCGCCGUACGACUCGCUGGCCACUUACGCCUACGAGGGCGCGGGCUCGGUGGCUGAGUCGCUGAGCUCGCUGGGCUCAGCGUCGUCUGAGGCGGAGCAGGACUACCACUACCUGAGUGACUGGGGUCCCAGAUUCAGGAAACUAGCUGACCUGUACGGGGCUGAGGACGGGGACUUCUCCUAACAAAGAACCCACGAACACACUCUCUCUUCCAUUUCAAAGACGGGUUCAGGAAAGAUUUUUGUUUUGACCAAUGCAGGGCCAAGGACAGCAACAUCUAACUAACACAAACUCAAUAUUAGAGAUUGUAUACAUAACCGAUGAACUUUAAGAAAAUCUGAAAACUUUUACCAAUACAGAUGAGCCACAAUCCACAUGAUAAACAAACCAAUGUGCUGGCAUGUUCAAGAACGCCAACUGAUCCUUGACCUGUUUUCACUGCACAUGGAUCCAAAAUGGAGCAUACCAAGUCAUUUUUUAUCAGUCCGGAUUAUCGGAUUUUGGGGAAUGGGAACUAAUGGAUGUAGAAAUGUAAAUUAACCAGCGUAACCAGUGAAGCACAAAAACCUUCAGCUCCACUUCUUCAAAGACUCGUUUCAGUCCUGAACGGAGUCUGAAAAAAAAAAAUUGGAGUGUAUUUUAUAUUGGAAAUUUGACUUGAAACACUUUCAGGCUUUUCUUUAAUCUCUCCUGGGUUACCAAAAAAACAUUUUGCAGAGUGUUUUCAUGUGGCUUAACAUUUGUCAUUCAAGGCAAACUGAAAGGAGGAAAGUCUUGGGAAGAGGUCGAUCAAGAAAACCCCAGUGUAGUUAUUUCAGGACUGGACCACACACACUUACCUCUGCAGAUUUAAGGUGGAGAGUGUGUGUUAAGCGAAACCGAUUUUCUUUCUAUUUUUUGACUAAGUGCCCUUCUGCUGCCCUUCGAGCUGAUCUGUGGAUGCCUGUCGGUUGGCUGAGACUGGAGGGGGCUAUUGACUCUUAAAUAAUUGUGUUUUAUCUUUUUUGCUGUCUUCUACUAAAAAAGACCAUUCCAGAGGAGCCGUUCUGAAGGAUCCUCGCUUGAAAAUCGCCUUCUUCGGGACACAGAGUAAUUAAAAAAAAAA